AUGGGCGGGUUCUGUAAUGCGGUCGAGACGAGACGAGAUACUGCGAGUACUUCGGGACGAGAUCUGACGAGUUCGACGAGGGUUAGGGUUAGGGUUAGGGUUAGGGUUAGGGUUAGGGUUAGGGUUAGGGUUAGGGUUAGGGUUAGGGUUAGGGUUAGGGUUAGGGUUAGGGUUAGGGUUAGGGUUAGG